AUGGCCAACCCCGUCAUUCAAGAGACCGACACGGUCGACCACGCGGAAACCCCCUCCACAGUUGAGAAAGGUGGCGAUACCAAAAUCAAGGCCACCGGCUCACCCGAAGAGGAAUUCGAGAUUGGAGCCUCAGAGAAAUUGAUCGGGAAUGCCACAGCUCAAGAGCUGGAAGCGAUCGGAAAUGGACUCGAUCUAGCAUAUGCGGAGAAGGCAUCUCUGGUUGGGAACGCUCUGCAAAAUAUCGGGAUGAACGCUUGGCAGUAUAAGAUGUGGGCUGUGUGUGGGCUUGGAUGGAUUGUGGAUAAUAUUGCAGCAUAUGGACCUAGCGUCACAUAUACCCCCGUGGCGAAUGAGUUCGUCAUCAAGAAUGUCGCACUGACGGGCAUUGCAUACAACCUAGGGGCGUUCAUAGGUGCUAUGUUCUGGGGCCCCAUGGCAGAUAUAAUCGGUCGCCGCCUCGCGUUCAACACAACCCUCUUCAUUGUAGGAAUCUUUCUCAUUGCCGCCGGUGGUAGUAACAAUAUCUACACCUAUGGCGGCCUCAUGUCCGUUGUCGGUUUCGGGUCGGGUGGCAAUGUUCCUGUCGCAGCAACCGUCUACUUGGAAUUCGUACCCUCGAGCGGGUUCUACCUACUCACCAUGCUGAGCGCAUGGUGGGCCAUCGGCGCGGUACUUGAUGCACUCAUUGCUUGGGCCUUUGUCGGAAACUUCAGCUGCGACUUGACUGUCACCACCAUCUGCGCCAAAGCCGACAACAUGGGUUGGCGUUACACGCUGUUCACAUUGGGUGCGCUCGUCAUUGUACUGGCGCUCAUUCGGCUCUUCGUUUUCCGCAUCCCUGAGUCUCCCUACUUCCUACUUUCCCGAGGCCGUGAUGCCGAAGUUGUGGAAGUAGUCCAAUACCUGGCCAGCCAAUCUCGCAAACCCAUAUCCCUCACCCUCGACGACUUCCGCCGCAUCAACAACGCCCACGGCCGGCCCACCAAUGACAGCACUGUGAAGCCACUUCUUAAAGACAUCCUAGGUGCUCAUUUCGGCUCUAUGUCUACCUCGCGCCUCCGGGUUCUUUGGGGAUCCAAGAAACUCGCCCUCCACACCUCGUUCAUUGUCUGGAUCUGGGCAGCUAUCGGCGUUGGAUAUCCUUUGUACACCUACUUCUUACCGCUAUACCUCGAGGCGAAAUUCAAAGCCAUCAGUAACGACAACUCCCAAGCCGAUACGUAUAAGCAGUACUGUUACAUCGCAGCUUGUACCGUCCCCGGUCCGAUUGCUGCGUCGUUCGCGAUUGAGACGAGGCUGGGAAGGAGGUAUUGCAUGGCGAUCUCAACAAUUCUAUCUGGCGUAUUGCUGUACCUCAGCACAAUCGCAUCGACGAAUGGGGGCGUAGUGGGGUUCAACUGCGCUGCGACUGCGGUGAUCAAUUUCAUGUUUGCCAUUCAAUAUGCCUAUACACCCGAAUCCUUCCCUUCACCCAUCCGUGCAACUGCCAAUGGGCUUUGUUCCAUGAUUGGCUACGUGUGCGGACUCGCAGCACCCGUAAUCUCGUCCCAAACAGGCGUGUCGACUAAUGUUCCGGUAUAUGUCAGCGGCGCGCUGUUUUUGGUAACGGGGAUCCUUAUGUUUGCUUUGCCGUUUGAGACAAAUCCUAGCAUGGCAGGAUAUUAG